UAUUAUCUCUCUGCCACUAUGAGGCAAUAUAGUUUCCUUAUCAAAAGGUCAUGGUCUCGCUUCACUUGUGCAUUCAACCAAAAUUUUCGCUUCUUCUCCGGCGGUUUCGACCCGCCGCCGGAGUCAUGGAAAUCGAUGGAGGGGUUGAUGCGGUGCCGGGCGAAUCACGUGCCGUUGACUCCCGUAAGCUUCUUGGAGAGAUCAUCAAAGGCUUACAGAGACAACACAUCACUUGUGCAUGGCUCUUUGAAGUACACAUGGGGACAGACUCACCAACGUUGUCUCAAGAUUGCUUCUGCUUUGACUCACUUGGGAAUUUCCAGAGGUGAUGUGGUGGCUACGUUUUCCCAUAAUCUGCCAGAAAUAUAUGAGCUCCAUUUUGCAGUGCCAAUGGCCGGAGCAGUUCUUUGCACACUAAACGCACGCCAUGAUUCAGCCAUGGUCUCAACGCUUCUGAGACACUCUGAAGCCAAACUCAUUUUUGUUGAUCACCAACUACUCGAAAUUGCUCUUGGAGCUCUAGAUCUUCUCUCCCAAUCAAGUACAGACAUAACAACACCCCCGAUUUUAGUCCUUCUCACCGAUAAUCCCGAAGCCUCGUCUCCUCCGACGUCCUUACCUUCAAACGAGUACGAGUACAAAGAUCUUUUGAGCAUCGGGACCGACAAGUUUGAAACGAGACCGCCGGACAGCGAGUGGGAUCCGAUCAGCAUAAACUACACCUCAGGUACAACCUCAUGCCCGAAAGCUGUCGUCUACAGCCACCGUGGUGCCUACCUGAACAGCUUGGCCACAGUUUUGCUUCAUGGGAUGGGGCAGAUGCCGGUGUACCUAUGGACGGUUCCUAUGUUUCACUGCAACGGUUGGUGCUUAACAUGGGGCUCCGCGGCUCAAGGCGCCACCAACAUAUGCAUUAGAAAGGUCUCUCCAAAGGCCAUUUUCGACAACAUAUCCCUCCACAAAGUGACUCACAUGGGGGGUGCUCCGACAGUAGUGAACUCCAUCGUGAACUCCCCUGCCACCGAUCGAAAACCGCUACCCCACAAGGUGGAGUUCCUGACAGGAGGCUCCCCGCCACCGCCCCAGGUACUCGCUAAGAUGGAGGAGAUGGGGUUUCGGAUGAACCACGUUUACGGUCUCACAGAGACCUAUGGUCCCGGGACUAAUUGCGUGUGGAAGCCCGAGUGGGAUUCUCUCCCGUUGGAAGAAUGGUAUAAGAUAAAAUCGAGGCAAGGGGUGCAUCAUCUAGGGUUAGACGACGUCGACGUUAAGGACCCGAUGACAUUGGAAAGCGUGCCACCCGACGGGAAAACUAUUGGGGAGAUCAUGUAUAGGGGAAACACUGUGAUGAGUGGAUACCUCAAGGACUUGAAGGCAACACAAGAGGCUUUCAAGGGUGGUUGGUUUAGGAGUGGAGAUCUUGGUGUGAAACAUCAAGACAAUUACAUACAAAUCAAGGAUAGAAAGAAGGAUAUAAUAAUUUCAGGAGGAGAAAAUAUAAGCACAAUUGAGGUAGAGACUGUUUUGUAUGGCCAUGAGGCAGUUCUUGAGGCUGCGGUUGUGGCGAGGCCUGAUGACCAUUGGGGAGAGACGCCUUGUGCUUUUGUGACAUUAAAAGAGGGAUUUCAUCAUCAUGUUAGCGGUGAGGACAUAAUUAGAUUUUGUAGGGAUCGUUUGCCACAUUAUAUGGCUCCUAAGAGUGUCGUUUUUGGGGAAUUACCAAAAACUUCCACAGGGAAAAUUCAAAAGUUUAUUUUGAGGAAAAGAGCAAAAGCCAUGGGGAGCCUUUCUUGAACUUGUAUGGAGAUCAUCAAGUUUAACUAGUGUGGUAGGUAUCCUGUUGCCAUAGAUUUGUUCCUUUAUUUAAGUGUAAUUCCUCUGAAAAUAAACACACCAAAGUACCAAAGUGUGCAUUUGUUGCAAUAGAUUCAAUCAUUCUCAAUUUCUUUUGUCCGCCUUUUAUUUAUUUAUUUAUUUAUUUUUCAAUCUCACAG